AUGGGCCGUCUGCAGUCGCCUGUCGCGGAGGAAUGCGUCGGUGUCGCGGAGAAAACACUCACAAGGCGGUUGGGGAUGACCGUUGGCCGCACAAAGAAGCGCGAGCAGGCAUCCGAAAUUAUAUUCACCGCAAGUAAAGAUAGACUGACUGAGAUCAUGACCGCUUUCUUCAAGGAUUUGGUGCGGACGGCGUGUGGCUCAGAGCAGGGCACCACCAAAGUCGGUGCUGGCGACGUCACUGUGGAUGCACGGAGUGAACUCCGCACCGUUCGCUUCGCCGAUGCUGUUCGUGUGCAGAACUUCAACUUUGACGAGCUGCCGAACGACACCCCUGCCAUCACGGCGGUGGCAGAGGCGACGUACUUCCGCUACCUCGUUAAGCACUCGGAACUUCAGGCCUAUGUGGUGAAAGACUUCCCCAAGUGCAUGACGGUGAAGGGGGCGCCGCGUCUUGAUGCUGCCAUUGCUGGCCACGUUAUCUUCUCUCUGCUGGCAGGCGAGGGUGACGACAUGAUACUGCGCUUGUAUGUGAAGGUUAUUGACACUGUACUGGGGGCGAUGUGCACGUCUUCCUUUGCCGGCACUGUCCUGCCCAAAAAGUGGAGUGAACUUGAACAGCUGGAGCCCGACCAAGUGGUGGAUCUCCUCGAGGACGCGCAGCUGUCGAUUAAUGACUUUUGGAGUGACUCUCCGCAGGACGCACAGGCUCGUGCGCAGGUCGUCUUUCUCAUGACAACUGUCGGCUCCGGGUUACGUGAGUACUUUGCAAAGAAAACAGUUACUGGUGGAGGAAUAUUCAGCGGCGGCAAAGGCCUCGCAGAGACGGCCCUCAGCUGCUGCGACGACUGGGUUAACAUGUGCCAGAGGUUGACGCUUAUUGAUUGGGGUGCAGUGUGGGGUGGCCGCUUCGAGGACCCGCUGCUCGCGACGGUGAGGGACAGGCUUGGCGUCGCCGUCGCUAUGCGCGACCUUGUGGACGAGAUCGUUGAGCUCCUCAGCGCUGCCGGCGAGACGCAGUCACUGCGAAGGGAUACCCUGUGGGAGGCGCUAGAGUGUAUUGACAUCUUCAAAACAACACCUGCGGUGGAGCAGCAGUGGGCGAUGGGGCUCAGUACAUUCUACCGGCGACUGGAGCCGAUUGAGCACCGCUGCGCCGCCGCACUGCGCGACUUCUUUGGCGAGCGCGGCAACUUGGCUCCACAGACAAUCCUCAGCGAGGUAGUGAAGUUCCGCCAGCUGAUUCGUCGCCCCAUUGUGGCGAAGGAACUCGUUAGUGAGCGCGACUCUCUUCUUGCGAAGCUAAAUGAGCGACUGCAGAGUAUCCGCAUGGAGUUUGAGCACCGGGCGGAGAGCACUGAGGACGACUCGGUGCUCGAAGAAGAUGACCGCCGCUGCCAGACCGGUCGCUUCAUGCCUGGCGUAGUGAACAACAUGAUUUGGCUCCGUCAGCUGCGGGGACGUGUGGGGGAAAUGAUUCACAUGUGCAAGUCACUCUUACAGGAUCUGCAAAAUGCGGAAGAGUUUAUCCAGACAGCGGAAGUGCUUCUAGAGGAUGUGAACGACUACGAGUUGGAGACAUUCAAGCACUGGACAAUGGACAUCGAGGACAACAGCCACAAACUCAUGCCAGAUGCCACCGCCCCAUUAAUGGAAAUUGAUGAAAACGGGAAAAUGGAGGUGAACUAUCCCGAACGCCUUGUGCAGCUCAUCCGCGAGGUGCGUGUAUUCCGAGGUUUAGGGUUUCGUAUCAGCAGUGACAUCCAGAAGAUGGUGGAGCUUGGCAUUCGCUUUUAUCGAAACGGAGUGACACUCAAACAGGUGGCAAGCACGUACAAUUCCAUGACGGAAGAUAUCAUUCCGUCUACGCGCGCUAUGCUACUAGAGCCUGCGUUGGCUUUUGAGAACAUUAUUACUGCCAGUGGAGACAGGAAACUGACGUGGCGAAAUAAAGAGGAUGCGGAGCGAUUUACAGAGAGGUUGCGCAAAGCAUCACAGUCCCUGACAGAUGACAACCGUCGGCUCCACAGGUUACACAAGGAGAUUGGAUCUAUUGUGGUGGAUCUUUUCAGUGUCGACCUACUACGCUCACGUGAGCGGUGGAUGGGUAAAGUGCAUUUAAUCCGGGAGAAGAUGGAAACGUCGGGAUUCAAGAACAUGGAGUCGUGGAAACUAUUCUGGGACAUGCAGCUGUACAAAGCGAUGGAACAUCAAUACCAGCUGGGGUUGGAGAGCCUGCAUGAGGUUGUUGCGGAGAUUAAAGCAGACGUCGUCUACGACCAGGAAACUGGGAUGGCAGUACUUCGACCCUCAUUGGAGAUCAUCCGUGCACAGUAUUACCAGCGAAUCAAGGAUUUCAUCACAUUUCCGCUGCGGUUCCGCGGGUGUGGUAAUAAUGAUUUCUUCAAGGAGAUGCCAGCGUAUAAUGAACGUGGUAUUUUCGCAGUUAUGCAGCACGCCAGUCAGCUUUUCAAGAAGGUUCAGCAGGAGUUGAAGCGCUUUCAUCCCAUGCUAGUCAUUGGAAAGUGUGGAUGCAACGGGAAUCCCUCGCUUGAGGAUAUUGUUGGGAAGGCACUGACGGAGGUGCAGCACUGGGAACAGAGCAUACGACUACUGAAGCAGAAAGGGAAAGAGAUAAACGCGGAGGAGCUUUUCAUCAAGUGUGGCUGCAUCACACUAUGCACUGCCAGCAUCAAGGGGACAGUUGAGGAUCACUUGUACAAGCUCUCCGAGGCCCUGCGAAUAACACUGCGUCGUAGCGCAGAAAACCACUUGAAGCGCAUCGACGCAUUCCUAUCUGAGGUCUCAACCAAUUUAGACGCAAAGCUGACAAAAUUGGACGAAAUUGGUGCGGCCAACAUUCGCUAUGCACAGCUGAUGGAGGAAAGGCCAACAAUGGAGGUACAGUUUUACCACUUCUACAACAAAAACAUGCUGCUGCAGAGCAUGACAAACCAUCCUGGUAUACUUUUUUCCAAGACAAAGGAUGAAUGGGACCGGGUAAUGCGGCGAUUAGAUACAUUUGAGCGGGAGAUGGAGGAUCAGAUCAACCAUAUGAAGGAAGGUGUUGAGGAUGCGGUAAAGAGCUGGCUUAAAAGUGUCGAGCGCUUUACCAAUCAGUGGCACGAAUUAAAGCCAAAAACUGCGGAAUCCCCCAACGCUGUUCAGUAUGUGAAAGAGUCCCAGGAACAGUUGAAAACACUCCAAGCCAAUGGCGAGGAGUGUUUGCAGCAGUGCAAAUAUUUCCAGAUGGAGGAGCCGGAUAUGGAGCCACUGCAGGACCUUGCACGUGAUAUUGAGGACUACGCGCUCAUGUGGGGCAUGGUGAGUUCCUUCCAAGAGGAGCUCAAGACAUUGUAUGCGGAGCCGUGGAUCGCGCUGCGCUCGAAGCUGUACCGUUUUGACGACUUCCUGAAGAUGUGGCAGGAGAAGCUACGAGAGCUUCCGGCCAACCCCAUCACUGUGCAUGUGCGCACACUGCUUGAUGCGUGGGGCCGCUGCGCGCCACUCUUCAAAUUUGUCCGUGGUGACGGCUUCACGCCGGGACACUGGACGGAACUUUUCCGCUUGUUGGGCAUUAAUAACGCCACACAAGACUCACUGAUGUUCGGUGACAUUCUGAAUCGGCACGAGAAAAUCCUCAAGCACGAAGUGGAUCUUAAGAAGUUGCAUUCACGUGCACAGGGCGAGGCUCAAAUACGUGAGGCCCUUGAUGACGUGCGGUCAUGGGGGACGAACGCCACCUUUGCGCUCUCACCACACCCUGACCGUCCUGGUGUGAUGCUCAUCACGGAGUGGAAGGACACACUCUCAGCCCUCAGUGACAACCAGGCGCUUUUGAUGAGCAUGAAGGAGUCUCCAUAUUUUGGUAUCUUCGCCAGUGAUGCGAACAAGUGGGAGGAGCGACUCGCCUGCCUUGACGAGUACCUGCGUGUGAUGAAUCAAAUUCAGCGCAAGUGGGUGUACCUCGAACCCAUCUUCCGCCGCGGGGCACUACCACGGGAACAGGACCGCUUCGCUCGACUUGAUGCGGAAUAUCUACAGGUGAUGAGCACCAUUGCGAAGGACAACCGUCUUGUCUCGCUCGCCACCCACACAGAGUAUAAGGAGAUACUUCACAAUGUAUUGGAGCAGCUGGACCGUUGCCAGCGGGCAUUGAACCAAUACCUUGAAGCGAAGCGUGACAGCUUCCCCCGUUUCUACUUCAUCAGCGACGACGACUUGCUUGAAGUCCUCGCACAGAGCCGUAAUCCCUCAGUGAUCCAGUCUCACCUAAAAAAGCUUUUCAUGGGUAUUCACAGUGUUCGCUUCGAUACACAAAAGGAACACAUAUUACAAAUAUUCUCAAUUGAAGGGGAGUCUGUUCCUCUUGAAGAGCCUGUACAUAUCACAGAGGAAGUGGAGGAAUGGCUUUCCGACUUGGAUGUCGAGAUGAAAGACACACUCCGGGCUCAUUUGGUGCGCUGUCUUGAGAAGGUGGACAUUGGUGCCUAUUCGACACAGAUACUCUGCACGGCAGGGAUGAUUGACUUUACCAGGAAGACAGAGGAGGCCAUCCGCGAUGCCAAGAGCGGCGGUCUCAAGAAGCAUAAGGCAAAUCUGCAGGCACAACUGCGAGACUUGACGGUAUUCGCUGGCGGCAACAGCGAUGUGGUGGUGGGGCUAAAACUCAAAUCACUCAUAAUGGACCUUAUUCACAACAUCGAGGUGGUCGAUGCACUUAUUCAGAAUGGUAUUGAGAAGGAAACGGAUUGGCUCUGGCGGAAGCAGUUGAGAUAUUAUUUGGAUCGUAACAACAACUGCGUGCUGCGCAUGGUGGACGCCGAGUUCCAGUACAGCUACGAGUACCAAGGUAACGCCCCUAAGCUCGUGCACACACCGCUAACAGAUCGCUGCUACCUGACCCUGACACAGGGUAUGCAACUCGGCUACGGUGGCAACCCAUACGGGCCGGCAGGCACUGGUAAGACUGAGUCAGUGAAGGCGCUCGGCAAUGCCAUGGGGCGGCAGGUGCUGGUGUUUAACUGUGACGAGGGAAUUGACUUCAAGUCGAUGGGUCGCAUAUUUACGGGACUGGUCAAGUGUGGUGCCUGGGGCUGCUUUGAUGAGUUUAAUCGCCUGAAGGUCGAUCAGCUGUCGGCGGUGUCGCAGAUGAUUCAGGUGAUUCAGGAAGCGCUCAAGAAUGGCGAAUCGUACUGCCAUCUACUGGGGCGCGACAUCGAUGUAAACCCCAACGCUGGCAUCUUUGUGACUAUGAACCCUGCGGGGAAGCGGUACGGUGGACGUAGCAAAUUGCCAGACAAUCUAAAGCAGCUUUUCCGCUCCGUCGCUAUGAGUGCACCGGAUAACGAACUCAUUAUGGAAACCAUUCUAUUCAGCGAGGGUUUUGAAAAUGCGACAGAAUUGGCCAAAAGGACAGUGGAGGUGUUUAAACUCGCCAAGGGUUUACUUUCGUACCAGCAGCACUACGACUGGGGGCUACGUGCUAUGAAGGCUGUCAUGCGGCUCGGUGGUUCGUUGAUUCAUCAGUACUUAACGGACCGCGUUGGAGGAAAAGUGAAAGAGGAACCGACAGAGGUAUUGCAGAAGGAGAGUGAGAUUCUCAUUAAAUCUCUCCGUGUCAAUACACUCUCCAAACUGACCUUUGAGGACGCAGCAUUGUUUAACAACCUCAUCGCGGAUGUGUUCCCUGGUAUUCCAAUGAAGGAGAUUGACUACGCGGAGCUUAGGCCUGCCAUUGAAGAGUCCAUCAAGGAGAUGAAGUUGCAGCUCGUGGAGUCGCAGGUUCAAAAGAUUCUGCAACUCUAUGAGGCACUGAAGCAGCGUAUGGGUGUUGUGCUGGUAGGACCAGGUGGUAGCGGUAAGAGUACGCUGCUGCGCGUCCUUCGGCGGGCGAUGCAGCGACUCGGGGUUUCGGUGCCGCUCUAUGUGAUGAAUCCCAAGGCAAUGCCGCGCACUCAGCUUCUCGGCCAUAUGGACAAUGAUACACGUGAGUGGUUCGACGGUGUACUUACUGAGGCGGCGCGGAAGGUGGUGAAGGAGGAGAACACUGUGCGCUCAUGGAUUGUCUGCGAUGGUGAUGUGGACCCAGAGUGGGUAGAGUCCCUCAAUUCUGUGCUGGACGACAAUAAGUUGUUGACUAUGCCAAAUGGUGUGCGCAUUCAGUUUGGCGAUAAUGUGAACUUCCUAUUUGAGACCCACAACCUCGAAUUUGCGUCACCGGCCACAGUGUCACGCAUGGGUAUUAUAUACCUCUCAGAGGAGGACGUGGAUCCAAAGAUGAUGGUUGCCACGUGGCUACUGGAUCAACCGGACGAGUCCCGUGAGCAACUGCGGUGCUGGAUCAACGAAUACUUCUACAAGGCCAUUGACAGCCUUCUGGAGACGGGCAAACUCAUUGUGGAGACGACUCGGACCGGUCUCGUCGCCUCUGGACUCAGCCAGUUACAGCGCUGCAAUAACAAAUUACAGUUUACACUUGCACUUGUUUAUGGCCUGGGCUCGUACUUGCCGGAGGAACAUCGACGGGACUAUGCGAAGGAUAUUCACUACAUGACAGGGGAACGAGUCCCCGACCCAAAGAACUCGCUUAACGUCUACUAUGAUACCCAGUCCGAUGGGUACAAGAUGUUUGAGUUUCAGUCCGCCUUCGACCUCGCGGUGGAAGACCUCUACCGCCAUCCGAUGAUUGCCACCAUCGAUUGCCAGCGAAAUAUGGAAAUUAUGCAGGCGUGGACGCGGCCGCUGCGGCCUGGUGUCUACCGUCCUUUUAUUAUUGUUGGGCCCGAGGGAUGCGGUAAAACGAUGCUUCUCAGCAACUUGUUCAAGGGCAUCGCCAACACACGUGUGUCAACCGUGAAUUGCUCUGCUCAGACUGAGGCGGUGCACGUCAUUCAGAAGCUGAAGCAGACAUGUCAGAUGUUUAACACAAACCAAGGGCGUGUGCUGCGCCCUAAAGACGCGGAACGCCUUGUGCUGCUUCUAAAGGAUAUGAAUCUCCCUAAACCCGACAAGUAUGGGACUGUGCAAUUGCACUCGCUCCUGCAGCAAAUUAUUCUAUACAACGGCUUCUAUGACGCUGAUUUGGAGUGGAUCACGGUGGAGCGAGUGCAGAUUGUUGGAAGCAUGAAUCCGCCCGGUAGCAUGGGCCGUUACCCCGUCGCCCCACGUUUCCUCGCCAUUGUGUCUGUGCUCGCCAUGUCGUAUCCGACACGUGACUCCAUGCAAUCCAUCUAUUCAGAGUUCUUUAACAUCAUGAUUCAAAGUCACCAGUUGCACUUUAAUUUACCUGGAAAAGGUGCAGCUGAUAUUGCACGUGUUAUGACGAACGUCUACGAGGCCAUUUCUACCCGCUGCACUGUUGACGUCGCUUCACACUACAUCUUCAACCCGCGUGACGUCACCACGUGGGCGCUCAACCUGCUCAACUACAAGUCAUCCGAUGUGCCGGACGCCAUCGGUUAUGAGGGUCGGCGUAUCUUUAUUGAUCGCCUUGUCUCACCAGAGGAACGCACAAAGCUUUUCAAAUUAAUUAACGACAAUUUACAGUUCCUGGUGGACCGCAGAGGUAGCUUAAUGGAGAAGGAGGUGACAUACUAUGUCUCGUGGAUGGAUGCCUCAUCGCCGAUGCCGUCAGUAUCAUCGUCAUCAGCAUCGAGGAUACGGAAGCUCGCUGCCACAAGCAUGGAGGAGCUCAAGAAGGCAGCAGAGAGCCUUGUCCUCAGUUAUUCCAGAGAGUUUGCAGAGUUGGAUGUGCAGCUCAUCCCGGAAGUAUGCGCGUGGGUGGCACGCAUCGACCGUGUCUUAUCGCAGGAGCGUGGUAACCUCUUGCUUGUUGGUCGAUCUGGUGUCUGUGCGGCUGCGAUUGUCCGCCUUGUCGCGUAUAGCCUUCGUAUGGAGGUUGUCACGCUGUCCAUCACACGGGACUAUGGCAUGAAACAUUUCAAUGCGGAACUUAAGUCCGUCAUGUCGAAGGCUGGUGUUGAAGGACAACAUGUUGUGUUGCUCCUGGAGGAUCACCACUUGAGCAGCAACCCUCUAUUCCUUGAGAUCAUUAACUCACUGUUGUCGUCGGGCGAGGUGCCCGGCCUCUUCACGCACGAGGAGUUGGAGGCGCUGCUCGGCCCUCUGAAGGAGGAGUCAGUUGGCGAGGGCAUGAGUCCGUACGAGUACUUUGUUGACCGCAUCGCGCGUAUGCUACAUGUGUGUGUUGUGAUGGAUCCGACAAGCCCAAAGUAUGAGCUGCAGUGCCGCUCCAAUCCAGCUCUAUACACACGCUGCAACGUGUACUGGAUGGGGACGUGGCACAGCGACAGUCUGAAGCUAAUCCCACGGCUCAUGAUGCGAGACGUCUUCAAGGCGAUCGAUACACGGGAGGACAAGAAGGAUUUUAGCCUUACCACAGAGAUUGUGCACAUCCACCGCGGAUUUGCUGACAAGUUCUCCCCCCAGCACUUUAAAACGCUAUGCCUCACCUACCAACGCAUCUUCAAUGAGAAGAGCAGCUCCAUCGCAGAUGGUCUCACCCGCCUUCAAAGCGGCGUGUCGAAACUCGAUGAGGCGAAGGAGAACGUUGACCAAAUCGCCUCUGACGUUGCAGACAAGAAGAAAUUGAUGGAAGUAAAGCAGCGCGAGGCUGACGAGGCGUUACAGGAAAUUCAAACCAACAUGGAAGAUGCUAGUGACCAGAAAAAGAACAUCCAAAAAAUUCAAAAGGGCCUCGAGAAGGAACAGAAAGCCAUUGAGGAACGUAAGAGUGUCAUUGAGGAUAAACUCAGUGGCAUUCAACCAACACUUGAUGCUGCCCUCGCAGCGGUACGCUCCAUUCGUUCUGAACAUUUGUCAGAGCUAAAGUCAAUGAAACAACCCCCAGCUGCUGUUCAGGAUGUCAUGGAGGGGGUCGUAAUUCUAACCGAUAGUGGUCAGAGCAGCGAAACAAACUGGGCGGCUAUUCGGAAGGUACUCGCGGGCGAUAUUAAGGGUCAGAUCCUCAACUUUGACCUCGAUAACGUCAAUGAAGGCGUGCGCAAUAAGGUGGAGCGCUUCAUGCAGAGCCACGAAAAUUCCUUCCGACGCGAGGUGAUUGGCCGCGCGUCAAAAGCGGCAGCGCCAAUGGCAGAGUGGCUUAAGGCGGUGUUAGAGUACAGCAAGGUCCUCGAGACGGUGGCGCCUAUGCGGGAGGAGCUGCGAGGCUACGAAGCGAACCUGAAGGCUGGUAACGAGAAGAAGCAGAAAUACGAGAAGAAGCUGGCCAAGGUAGAGGAGCGUGUUGAAGACCUCAAAAAAAAGUUUGGCGAAAAGACAAAGGAAGCGGAGCGACUCAAGGACCGCGUGGAGCAGGCGGAGCGGCUCUACGCAAGCGCACACGACCUCCUUGAGAAACUCGCGAGCGAGCACGAUCGGUGGGCGGCACAGAGCAAAGCCAUACGCGCAGACCAGCACCUGCUUCCGAAGCGCUGCCUCCUUGCCGCAGCGUUUGUACUCUACCUCGGCAACGAGGCAGAAGAUGUGCGGCGCCGCACAAUGGAAGGGUGGAAGGAGCGCUUAAAGCAAGUCAAUGACUUUAACUUCUUCACCUUCCUACGGCCAGAGAGCAUGCAGCUUCGCUACAAGGCGGAGGGACUACCGGGUGAUGAACUCUCAAUGGACAACGCACUGCUGAUACAGGAGCAGGUGACGACACCGCUGAUUGUUGAUACCUCCGGCCAGGCUGUGAGCUGGUUGCUCAACAGUCUAAAGGGACGUGGGGUCGCAGUGGAGGUGUGCAGCAUCUCUGACGAGCGCCUUGUGUCUGCGCUUGAGUUGGCUCUUCGAUUUGGCAAGAGUUUCGUCCUCACGGAUGUGGACCAGCUGGAGCCAUUCAUGUACCCACUGUUCCGAAAGGAGUUGCGCACUGAAGGGACGAAACGUGUCAUUCAAAUUGGUGAUCGCCGCACUGUGGACUACGCCGACGGUUUCCAGCUGUACCUCGUUACACACUCUGGCGACCUGCGUAUUCCGCCAGAUGUGCUAAGUCACCUGACGCCUAUCAACUUCUCCAUUACGCUGAGUGGCCUUGAAGGACAAUUCCUUGGGGCAACGAUUCAGCACGAGCAGCCAGAGUUGGAGAAGGAGAAACUGGAGGUGCUACAGAAGGAGGAAAAACUAAAAUUACAACUGGCCAAUCUCGAGGAGUCGUUACUAAAUGACUUGGCCAAUUCGAAAGGAUCACUGCUGGAGAAUAAGACGUUGAUAGACUCGCUUAAUGAAAUCAAGACACAGGCUGCUGAAAUUGCGGAAGCCCUGGAAAAGUCAAGGCAAGUGCAAGAAGAGAUCGACACAAAGCGUAAUGUGUAUAGGCCCUUCGCCACAACUGCCAGUGAGACGUUUUUCAUUGUUAAGAGCCUCAAUGGUCUCUCGCACAUGUAUCAGUUCUCCUUCAACUUCUUUAUGGGUAUUUUCCAUGACACUUUGCGGCGCCACGCAGAGGACCACACCGACGCUGAAACUAAGAUUGAGGCUCUGAAGAAGACUUUUGUGCGUCUUGUUGUUUCAUCGGUGUCUACGUCAUUGCUGAAGGAGCACCGACCCGUCUUUGGUAUUCAUCUUGCCCGUUCACUUUACCCCAAUGAGUGCACGCCCGCCGAGUGGGAUUUCUUCCUUGACCGUGUUAUUGCAUCUGAGGUGAAGAAGAAUGAGGUUCACGUGCCAACAUGGGUGUUGCCCGAUAGCAAGGACCUCUUCCGCUCUUUUGCCGUGCUGUUUGAGUCGCUGGUAUCAAAGAUGAAUCUACGGGAGGCAGACGUGUGGCUACAGUGGAUGCGCGCGACAACGCCGGAGGUGGCGUACCCAAGCUUCAUUGCGAAGUUGACAAAUUUCCAGCGGUUGCUCAUCGUGAAGGUGCUCCGGGGGGAUCGACUCAUCGCUGCGGUGAAUCGCGUUGCCUGUGAAUUGCUGCACGUGAAAUCAUGGGGCGACAACAACACAUUGGCUUCCUUCAUCAAGCGCACCGAGGCAGGCACGCCCGUUUUGCUCAUCACAACAACGGGUGCGGACCCCUCACAGGAGCUUCAGGGCAUUGCGCACCGCAAAGUCGGCCGUGAACGGUUCCAUCAACUGGCAAUGGGUGGUGGACAGACGGAGGAGGCGAUUCGAUUGCUCCGUGCCUGUGUAGAGAAGGGCGAUUGGCUUUUCCUAAAAAAUCUGCACCUUGUGAUCCCGUGGGUGCCGGUGCUGCAAAAGGAGUUUAAUCUCCUUAAACCGGACCCUAACUUCCGCCUAUUCCUUACAAGCGAGACCCACGAGGAGUUUCCAUCGAUUCUUCUGUCCCAAAGUCUAAAGAUCACCUUCGAGGCUCCACCAGGUGUACAGCAGAACCUCCUCCACACGUACAAGGAUUGGGAAGUCGCUACCUAUGAGGCGAAGGGGACACAGAGAGCGGAGUUACUCUUCAUUGCUGCUGCAUUCCACGCCAUUAUACAGGAGCGGCGUUCGUACGUUCCCCAGGGAUGGUCGAAGUUGUACGAAGUGACCUCCGCCGAUCUCAAGUCCGCCGCGGAUAUUGUCUUGCAGCAGGUGAAGAACGACAUAGACUGGCGCGCCAUUCGUGGCAUCCUGGAGAGCGCCAUCUACGGCGCCCGCAUGGAGAGCGACUACGACCUGCGUAUCCUGCAGGCAUACACAGAGCACUUUUUCAACUCUACCGUCCUUUCGAGUGCGAAGCGGCAGUGUAAUCUCUUUGCUUCUGUGCGAGUGCCGGGAACCGGGAAGCAUGCCGACUGUGUUAAGGUCAUCUCGGGCCUCCCUGACAGCGAUGUGCCGAUGUUGUUUUCGCUCCCACCGAAUGCCGAUCGAGUAGUGCAGCUAUCGAAGGUGCGUGCGCUGACGGACGAUCUGCAGCGCCUCAACGAGGCCAGAGCGGAGGCGUCGCUGACGCGGGAGGAGUGGACGAACCGCCUGAUGCCCGUCCUAAACACAUGGUCAGAGUUGACGUUGCCGCACUCUAACUUGCUGACACGGUUAACGAGUGUGCCGCGUGAAGUGUCUCCCAUUGUGGGCUUCGUGAGCGCCGAGAUGGCGUCGUCGCUUCGGCUCGUGUCGCUCGUGGACGAGUCACUCAGCGAGCUGCGCCGCGUGACGGAGGGCACGGCGCUGCUGAUGGAGAACCGACGCGCUGAGGCAGCGGCGAUGAUUGCAGGGGAGGUGCCACCGCACUGGGAUGGCUACUUCCACGGCUCGCCGCGCAUUCUGCCCUGGCUGCAGUCGCUACUUCAUCGCGCCACGACCAUUACGGAGUGGCGCCAUAUGGCGAUGAGUGGGGAGCUAGUUGAAGCAUCACUCAACAUCUCCAGUCUGUUCCGGCCGCAGACAUUCUUUCACGCGCUUCGGCAGGAGACGGCACACUCUAUGCACGAGCCCCUUGUCUCGCUGCAGUUUGUCGCCUCUGUCUCCUCUCCACCUCCAGGUGCACCGCUUCCGGUGUGCUUGGAAGGGCUGCUGCUGCAAGGCGCCGUCCUCGAUGCAUCGGACAUGAUGCAGCCGAUUGAGACAGCUGACGAGGCGGCACUCUUCUCAUUACCGAAGGUGUACGUGGCGUGGAUGUCAAAGCCACCAGAAGUGGGAACCUCUGUCGCCGUUCCAUUGUACACUAACACAACGAAGGAGAAAUUCAUCAUGGAGUUUUCUCUGCCAUGUUCCAGCGAUGUUGCUGCAAGGGCGUUUGUUUUGGCGGGUGCCUCACUCUUCCUAGAGCCAUAA